AUGGCCGGCAUAUUAUCGAUAGACCGUCCAUUUGGAAUCUAUUUGGAUGAUUAUUUUGUAAAAAUUUAUAGUUUACUUACAGGAAAAGAUCCAAAUGAUUUUGCUUUCGUUGAAGGUGUCACGCCUCUUUCAACACUUACUGAAGUUGUUAUUAGUUGUAUUACUUAUUUGGCCGUGAUAUUUGGAG